UCAUUGAGACAUGUUCAUGGAAUGCUUUGCAUGGAUUCAAAGCCCGUACCCUUCUUCUUCUUCAUCAUCAAUGCUAGUGCGCAGAACACUAAGGUGUUUGUUGUUAUACGUGGCUGGGAAAAUCGAAAAUUGGGGAAAAAGAAAAAGCAUUAGAUUGAAGAUAGUAACUAGCACUUCACGGGGACAAUGGAAAGAGGCGGCAGAAACAGUAAGAAAACAUGAUCAAGAAGUGCAUAAUGUUCCUGCCGCGCGCAUACUACUUUUGACCUAUCUGCCCAAAACAAUCAUUACUUUUAGCCUUUACCAGAUGCCCCAAGUUUACAAGAGAAGCAACCUGGAAAGUCCUUUGGAGUUGGAUUCUACAAACCAAUGCUACUUUCUCACACAAUGCAUAUAAAAUUGUGGGAGCAGUUUCUGCUAGUGCUACAUCUCUCUGAACAUCAUUACAAAUCUGAUUAUGUGUAUUUUUUUAAUUUCAUUUCAACAGUCUCUGUGUGCGUGCGUGCUUUAGUUUGGAAUUUUAUCACACAAAAAAGGGGAUGUCAUCGAUCAUGUGAUCACUUUCAUGCACUUUUGUUUUGAAAGCCAUGCUGUUUAUUUGGACCACAUGUACAUUUUCUCUGGUAUAGUAAUCAUAAAGGAACCGAAGCUACCUUGAAAGAGCUUAAGCGGCCACCAAACUUAUUACUACUCCAUAGUACAGAGGAAAAGGACACACAUUAUUGUGUUGUGCUGUGACUAUGAAGACUCCUUGCUGUGAGAGCAUGGGAAUGAAGAAGGGACCUUGGACUGCAGAGGAAGAUCAGAUAUUGGUUUCUCAUAUUCAACGAUAUGGCCAUGGCAACUGGCGUGCCCUUCCUAAACAAGCUGGAUUGUUAAGGUGUGGCAAGAGUUGCAGGCUUCGUUGGAUAAAUUACCUGAGGCCAGAUAUUAAACGAGGGAAAUUCAGCAAGGAAGAAGAAGAUACCAUCCUAAAGCUGCAUGAAAUUCUUGGAAAUAGGUGGUCUGCUAUAGCGACAAGCUUACCCGGAAGAACAGACAACGAAAUAAAGAAUUUUUGGCAUACCCAUUUGAAGAAGAGGAUCCAAAAAAGUAGAGUGCAUAUAAAUGGCAAUGCUUCAUCGCAUAUCUUGCAAGAGGCUCAAGCAAAUAGUUCGUCAAGUUCAAGUGCAGUUUCUAGUGUCUAUGGAGAUGUAAUGCUUGACAAUUACGGUUUACCCUCAAGGAAGAAUCCAAUCAAUCCACCUAUUGUAGGUACUGGCUUUUAUGGUGCAGUCUCCUCAGAUACUUUUGGAGAAACUGAGGACAAUCAUGGUUCUUGUCAGCUAAGCGAAGAAAUGGAAUUUUGGUACAAUAUAUUCGUCAAAUCAGGGCAAACAUCAUGAGACAAUGAAAAUCUAGGACAUUAUUAGUAUGCAUCAGAUAUACUUUGUCUACCAGCUUCUUUAGUAACUUACAGAUGUCAAGUCAACCUUUGGUUUCAGCUUAAUUGGUGUUUGUGUAAAAAACUUAAAAUCCAUUUUGGAGGUUCAAAUUGGAAGAUGAAAACUAAAGAUGAAUGAAUAAUUUUGUUAAUAGAAACUGCAUAUGAGUUGGGCAGUUACAAUACAAAUAGGAACAUUUUACUUUUGAUUGUCAUUUUUCGUUGUGAAAUUUUGAAUUUUAUUUGAAGCCCAGGGAAAUUUUCCCUUCAA